UGAAAGAAGCUAUGAAAGCAUUAGACGAUGGUCGAAAGCUCGAUGACGAGAUUCUUCUCACAACAUUGGCAGAAGCGGUUGAUAUGAUUAACUGUCGCCCGUUGACGUACAUGCCACAGGAGUCGCCCUACGCUGUAGAAGACGGCCCUCUGACGCCAAACCACUUCAUGCGCGGUGUAGUCAAAGCUGAAGAUUAUGAUGUAGACGAGUCUGUGAGUUUUGCAAAUGCUCUGCGUAAUACGUAUAAAAGAUCGCAGUAUCUAGCAAACGAGAUGUGGAAGAGGUGGUACAAGGAGUACUUGCCAACCAUCAACUGUCGAACAAAGUGGUUUGAGAAAACCAAACCGAUCCAGAAGGACGACUUAGUUUUCAUCGUGAAUGACUCCAACCGGAAGAAAUGGAUUCGAGGAAUCGUCGAGCAGGUGAUACCAGGUGCAGAUGGACAAAUCCGGCAAGCGAUGGUGAGAACCAAUGGUGGAACGCAUAGGCGAGCGGUGACGAAUCUGGCGGUGUUGGAAAUCUGUUGCGGAAACUCUGGAUCACCAGGUGGAACCGAACCAGGAGUUACGGGUUGGGGAGUUGUCAACACCACUGGGUAAUGUUCCUCGAUAACCAGUCUACCAAGUCAAGGCAGGGCUAGUUUAUUUAGAAAAUGAGAAUAGGAAAACGUCAGAUCAAUAAUUUCGAAACGUGUUAGCUGCGUGGUGAUUUCGAUUUAUUAAAAUUUCUAAUAUACAGAUUGUUACAAGUUCCGUUUAUAGUUAUUUGAAUAUUACCAACAGAAAAGUCGCUAUAAAGGAGCAAAAACAACUCGUAUAAAUAAAUUUAUCGCUUUGCACGAGGUGAAGAAAACACUAAAUUAGUGAGUAUAUUUUCAACCUUUUAUCAACUGCUUAACUAACAGAAAUUGUAAUUUUAGUUUGAGCCGCAUUAAAAUAAUAAGUCGCUGCAAAUAAAAGUGUA